GUCAGCACUAGUUUGGAGUCAAAUCUGACAACCGCUGCCUUUGCCCGCUCCUUCCUCCGGCUCUCCUAUUACUCUGUAGCGGCUGUCCCGGCUCCUUUAAAGGGCUCUCACAGUCGGGACCGUGGGACAGCAUCCGACCGCUGUGUUCAACUUGAGGCGAAGAAAGACACAGGAAACUCCUCGGGAUUCUCCGUACAUCGAGCGCUCUUUUGGAUUUUGUGUUUGACGUGCUGAAGUGCUUCUUAAGGAGAAUUCUGGGGAGAUUUCGUGCUCUUUUAUUCCUCAAGGAUGAAGCAGCACAGUGAAUCUGUGUACUGAAGCAAGCUCUCACAUUCAAACUUCAACGGCGAGGAUGAAGAAUGGGCAGAGCGACGGUUCCCUGCAUGGUGUUGAUAUGGUUGUGAAGGCUUGUUUCUAUCGUCCUGUUGUUCAGUGAGGCUCUGAGCUCACGGUGAAUACAGCAUGCAUGUGUCGAACUAUCCCGCGAUGCUUCCUGUCAGUCCAGGCCUGCUUCUCCUCAGCUUCCUCUUCCUCGCUGAUGCUGACUCUCCACCCAGAUUCACGCGAACCCCACAGAAUCAAACAGGAGUGCAGGGGGGAGUGGCUUCCUUCGUGUGCCAGGCUGCGGGGGAUCCGCAACCCAAGAUUGUCUGGAAUAAGAAAGGCAAAAAAGUCACCAACCAGAGAUUUGAGGUAAUAGAGUUUGAUGAUGGGUCCGGUUCGGUCCUGAGGAUCCAGCCGCUGAGGACCCCCAGAGACGAGGCGAUAUAUGAAUGUCACGCCUCCAACUCAGCAGGAGAACUGACUGCUACCACUCGACUCAGCGUCUUACGAGAGGAUCAACUGCCCCCAGGGUUUCCCACCAUUGAUAUGGGUCCACAGCUAAAAGUGGUGGAACGUUCACGGACUGCCACUAUGCUCUGUGCUGCGAGCGGCAAUCCUGACCCAGAUAUUACCUGGUUCAAGGAUUUCCUGCCAGUCAACACGACCGAUAAUCAUGGUCGAAUCAAGCAGCUCCGCUCAGAGUCCUUUGGUGGCACGCCCAUACGAGGUGCCCUACAGAUAGAGAUGAGUGAGGAAUUGGACCAGGGGAAGUAUGAGUGUGUUGCCACCAACAGCUUUGGGACACGUUACUCCACUCCAGCAAACCUGUAUGUCAGAGAGCUGCGAGAAGUGCGUCGCGUCCCCCCUCGCUUCUCCAUUCCCCCAGCUGACAGCGAAAUCAUGCCAGGGGGAAACGUCAACAUCACCUGUGUGGCGGUCGGCUCACCCAUGCCAUACGUGAAGUGGAUGCUGGGAGCGGAAGACUUGACACCGGAGGAUGACAUGCCCAUUGGACGCAACGUCCUGGAGCUGACUGAUGUGCGCCAGUCCAACAACUACACCUGCGUUGCCAUGUCCACGCUCGGUGUGAUCGAGGCUAUGGCGCAGAUUAUUGUGAAAGCCCUGCCGAAGGCUCCUGGGGCUCCUGUGGUGACAGAGAGAACUGCAACUAGCAUUACUCUCACCUGGGAUUCUGGAAACCCUGAACCAGUCUCCUACUAUGUCAUACAGCAUCGUGCCAAGGGUUCAGACGACCCUUACAAAGAGAUAGAUGGUAUUGCCACAACGCGUUACAGCGUUGGCGGCCUCAGCCCGUACUCUCACUAUGACUUCCGGGUCGCAGCCGUCAACACCAUUGGCCAGGGUCCGUCCAGUGAAGUGGUGGAGGCUCGUACAGCGGAGCAGGCUCCCUCAUCACCUCCUCGACAGGUCAUAGGUCGGAUGCUGAGUGCUACAACAGCAAUGAUUCAUUGGGAUGAGCCAGAGGAACCCAAUGGUCAGGUGGUCGGUUACAGGGUGUACUACACCUCAGACAACACACUCCCAGUCAACCAGUGGGAGAAGCAGAUGGUCCGAGGCACCAAUUUCAUCACCAUCCAGGAUCUGACUCCUAACAAGACUUAUUACAUCCGAGUGCUGGCGUUUACCUCUGUAGGAGAUGGACCUUUGUCACAGGACCUCCAAAUUAUAGCCAAGACUGGAGUUCCAUCCCAACCGUUGGACUUCAAGGGUGAAGCCAAGUCUGAGACCAGUAUCCUGUUGUCCUGGGUGGCCCCAUCGAUCCAGGGAGGCCCAGACAGCCAAAUCACUGGAUACGAACUGGUUUAUCGAAGGGUUGACGACACUGAGGAGAGGAAAGUGAGCUUUGAGCCAGCCACCUCCUACCUGCUGAAGAACUUGAAGCCCUUCUCCACCUACACCUUCCAGCUGGCCGCCAAGAGCAAAAAUGGGAUUGGAGCAUACACCAACGAAGUGUCCAUUGACACUCCGCAGACACUUCCUUCGGCACCUCCCCAGGACAUCACAUGCACCAGUCCCAGUUCUACCAGCAUCCUGGUAAGUUGGGCUCCACCACCCCUGGAGUUUCAGAACGGCAUCAUAACGGGAUACUCCAUCCAGUAUUCCACAAUGGAAGGCAACAAAACGUCCAAAAGAGUUGACGGGAUUCCUCCGGGAAGUUCUCCGUAUCUCCUGGAAAAUCUUGAGAAAUGGACCGAGUAUGGCUUAACUGUUCGAGCGCUCACUGAGGCUGGAGAAGGACCGGAAAGUUUACAGCUGCUUAUCCGCACCGAGGAAGAUGUUCCAAGUGGUCCUCCACGAGGGGUUGAAGCAGAGACAGUGAAUGCCUCGGCCAUUAGGGUGAAGUGGCGAGCUCCGGCACCUGAGCUGCAACAUGGACAGGUCCGUGGCUACCAAGUCCACUAUGUGCGGACAAAUUAUGGCGAACCCCAAGGUCAAUCCCUCGUCAAAGACAUCCUUAUAGAUGACUCACAGUGGGAAUAUGGGAACUCAGCUGAAUAUGAGAUUGUGCUUGGAGACCUGAAAGCAGACACAGCCUACUCUGUGUCAGUGGGAGCUUACACCGCAAAGGGUGACGGUGCUCGCAGCAAAGCUGUUACUGCAUGCACUGCCUUGCCUUUUCCUGAGAAACCUAGACUGCUGGUUAGUGCAACUAAAUUAAGUACUGCUCUUGUGCAGUGGUAUCCCCCUCCCAACCCACCAACCCCUUUGCUGGGAUAUCGACUCACCUUCGGCCGUUUGGAUGUUCUUCCCUUUACGGUGGUGGAGUUCCCCACUAAAGAAACCCAUUACACUGCUUUGGAUAUCCACAAGGGAGCUAACUAUGUGUUCAGACUCUCUGCCCGAAACAAAAUGGGCUAUGGAGAGGAGACUGUCAAGGAGGUGACCACUCCAGAAGAUGUUCCGACUGGAUACCCAGAAAAUAUAAUUCUGGAGGAGGCCUCCGCUACCUAUCUCAAACUGACAUGGAAAUCAGUUCCUCUGAUAGAGCAAAAUGGAAAAAUUACAAAGUACUCUGUGCUGUAUAAGGAUAUAAACAGUCGGGGGAAUGCUACGGAAGUGGUGGUGCCCACUCCUGGAUCAAGUGUGUUGCUGGAGGGUCUUAGUGCCGAUACUGUGUAUGAUGUCCGGGUGUGUGCGUUCACAGCUGUAGGUUCUGGGCCGUACAGCCCCAGGCUCCAAUUCAGGACGCAGCGGCUUGACCAAGUUUUUGCCACCAACUUCAGAGUGAAGGCAGCCAUGAAGAACUCAGUUCUGCUUUCUUGGGAGAUCCGGGACAAGAACCCUGCCCAGCCGUUUACUAUCCUGUAUGGAAAAGGCCAGUCUGUGGAAGUAGACGGCAAGCAGACUCAGAAACUCAUAACUGGCUUGGAUCCGGACACCCAGUACUCUUUCCUGCUCACAAACCGCGCCAACAGCGCUGGCGGGCUGCAGCACCGCGUCACUGCCACAACCGCCCCAGACAUCCUGAAAAGCAAACCCCUUAUUGUGGGAAAGACAAAUGCGGAUGGAAUGGUGACCGUGCAGCUGCCAACUGUGCAGACGACAACAAAAGUCAGGGGUUAUUAUGUGGUGGUGGUGCCACUGAAGAAGCAGAGAGGAGGAAAGUUUCUAAAUCCCUGGGACGAUCCUGAUCAGAUGAAUUUGGAUGAGCUCCUCAAAGAGAUAAACAGGACAAGUGUCAGCCGGGCCCUUCGCAUCCGCAGACAGGCUAGCCAGUCAGAGCCCAGAGCUUAUGUCACUGCUCACUUUAAGACCCUCCCACUCGAGUUCACUUUAGGUGAUGGUCGAAACUACGGUGACUUCCGCAACCGUCCUCUGCAGGGUGGGCAGGAGUAUGUCUUCUUUGUCCUUGCUCUACUGGACCUCUCAGAAAAUACAAUGUUCUCAACCAGCCCCUAUUCUGAUCCGGUGACCGCAUCGGACGUGGAUCCCCAGCCGAUUGUUGACGAGGAGGAGGGUCUGCUGUGGGUCGUGGGGCCUGUGCUAGCUGUCAUCUUCAUUGUCUGUAUUGUCAUCGCUAUUCUUCUAUUUAAGAGCAAACCUGACAGGAAAAGAGCUGAGGCCGAAGGAAGGAAGGGCAGUUUUCCCUGCAGCAAAGCCAUGUCCUCCCACCAUCCCACAGAUCCUGUGGAGCUGCGGAGGAUCAACUUCCAGACUCCAGCGUAUCGUGUAUCAGUCUACCGUGGUUAUCGCCGUUUGUCAAGCAUGGCAAGUCACCCGCCCGUCCCCAUCUCUGAGCUGGCAGAUCACAUUGAGCGCCUCAAGGCAAAUGACAAUCUCAAGUUUUCUCAAGAGUACGAGUCCAUAGACCCAUCUCAGCAGUUCACAUGGGAGAACUCUAACUUGGAGGUCAACAAACCAAAGAACCGCUACGCUAACGUCAUUGCAUAUGAUCACUCGAGGGUCAUACUCUCCGGCAUUGAUGGUGUCCCUGGCAGUGACUAUAUUAAUGCGAACUACAUUGAUGGCUACCGCCGUCAAAAUGCAUACAUAGCCACUCAAGGCCCUCUUCCGGAGACCUUUGGGGAUUUCUGGAGGAUGGUCUGGGAGCAGCACACAGCCAACAUCAUCAUGAUGACAAAGCUGGAGGAGAAGUCACGGAUGCCCUCUUAUUUCUUCUCUAAGGUGAAAUGUGAUCAGUACUGGCCAACACGUGGCACAGAGACCUAUGGUCUCAUCCAGGUCACUCUGCUGGACACAGUGGAGCUGGCCACCUACUCUAUGAGGACCUUUGCUCUUUACAAGAGCGGCUCUAAUGAGAAGCGUGAGGUUCGUCACUUCCAGUUCACAGCCUGGCCGGACCACGGGGUCCCCGAACAUCCCACCCCGUUCCUGGCCUUCCUCCGCCGGGUCAAAGCCUGCAACCCCCCAGAUGCUGGACCAAUGAUUGUGCAUUGCAGCGCUGGUGUGGGCCGAACUGGCUGCUUCAUUGUCAUAGACGGUAUGACAGAGCGCAUCAAGCACGAGAAGACUGUCGACAUUUACGGCCACGUCACGCUGAUGCGCUCUCAGAGGAACUACAUGGUCCAGACGGAAGACCAGUACAUCUUCAUCCAUGAUGCUUUACUGGAGGCCGUGACGUGCGGGAACACUGAGGUCCCUGCCAGAAAUCUGUACUCCUAUAUCCAGAGGCUGACGCAAAUUGAGCCGGGAGAGAACGUCACUGGCAUGGAGGUGGAGUUCAAGCGUCUGGCCAGUGCCAAGGCCCAUACGUCUCGGUUUGUGAGUGCCAAUCUGCCAUGCAACAAGUUCAAGAACCGACUGGUGAACAUUAUGCCCUAUGAGACGACGCGCGUGUGUCUGCAGCCAAUCAGAGGGGUGGAAGGGUCCGACUACAUCAACGCCAGCUUCAUUGAUGGAUACAGGCAACAACGGGCCUACAUAGCAACCCAGGGCCCACUGGCUGAGACCACAGAGGACUACUGGAGAAUGCUGUGGGAACACAACUCCACUAUAGUUGUCAUGUUGACCAAACUGAGAGAAAUGGGACGGGAGAAGUGUCACCAGUACUGGCCAGCAGAGAGAUCAGCCAGGUACCAGUACUUUGUGGUUGAUCCUAUGGCUGAAUAUAACAUGCCUCAGUACAUCCUCCGAGAGUUCAAAGUGACUGAUGCCAGAGACGGCCAAUCAAGAACGGUUCGUCAGUUCCAGUUUACUGAUUGGCCAGAGCAAGGAGUGCCAAAAUCGGGAGAAGGAUUUAUUGAUUUUAUUGGCCAAGUUCACAAAACUAAAGAACAGUUUGGCCAGGAUGGGCCAAUUACUGUGCACUGCAGUGCUGGAGUCGGGAGGACCGGUGUGUUCAUCACCCUGAGCAUCGUCCUGGAGAGGAUGAGGUACGAAGGGGUGGUGGACAUCUUCCAGACGGUCAAGAUGCUGCGCACUCAGAGACCUGCCACCGUUCAAACAGAGGAUCAGUACCAGUUCUGCUACCGGGCCAGUCUCGAGUACCUGGGAAGCUUCGAUCACUAUGCAACAUAAACCCAGUUGCAGCCUAGUCUCGCCCCAUUCAGCCGACUGCUCCCUUUUUGUAGUGUCACACACAACCUGAAUACAUGCACUUGGCUGGAAUGUGUGCGUGAAGAAUUCGCCACCACCUACAGAGUUUAAAUGGGGGCGGCGGACUAUCGGCUUAUCCCCGUACCCAGAAACAGCACUUCUAACUGAGCCAUAGCGAUCCUGCUCGACCCCUGGGGGGCGAGGGUGGGAGACUCUUUUCACCCUCUCCCGAUCCCUCCACCCUGUCCAAACACAAACACUCCUGUGGGUCAGUCUGAAGAAGCAGCUUCAACCACUGUUCCAAAACAAAAUACUUUAUCAAAUAUAGAUUUUUUUUAUUAUUAUUAUUAUAAUGAUGAUGAAUACGUGUUGGUUCCAGUGCUUCUGUGAGCACCCAGAUUGCUUUGUGUUGUUUUCGGUGUGGAACUCUCACCUCGUCCACCACCAGUGUAGCAUCAGUAGACUGAACAAAACAGGACCAAGCGGUGGGAAAAAGUAGGAUUUUUUUCUACCACGAGGAACGCCAAGUGGAAGUCUGCGUAUCCAUCCAGUGGAAUCCACCUGGGUUUUUACGCACCGGAGAAUUGCCAACAGAAAGAACUGAGAAAACAAAGCACACGGUACUAAAAAGACAAAUACACGUACUUUAAAAAGGAGCACCAAGGAGUAUUUUUCUUUCUUUCUUUUUUUCUUUUUUUUGGUUCUGGAUAAUGUUGGAAACAGACUUUUGUUUCCUGUGAAUGAAAAUAGGACAUUUCUACAGUAAUAAGCACCACCAGUUCAACCUUAUUACGCUUCACCAUUUCAAAUAAGGGAAGGUUUAAACUGCAAAGCAAAACAUUAAUUUAGUUUUUUAGAAAGAUAUAUGACUAUUUAGUUUUUUUUUUAAAAACAAAAUGGCACAUUCUGUUAUCUAUUUUUUUUUUUUUUUUACAUUUUUGUCCCCACUGACUACAAAAAGCAAGGUUUGUAAGCUGUUGCCAUGUUUUUUUAAAGCGUACAAUCAAAUCUUGUGUGGAGGAUGUUCACCGUUUGACGACAAACUCCACCUUCGAGUGUCACUGUCACUUACUCUCCACCUCCUAUCUUUGUGAAAACACUGAUGCACAGUGGCUAAUAUCUCAGCACAUGGCUGUCUUGCCUAGCAGAGCAAGGAGACAUGAGGACAUGGAAAGUCCCACCAAGUUGUGCGUUUUAGCUCAUUUGAAGCCACCUAAAUCACAAAAAGUGCAGAAGGUAUGUACAGAAGGCAAGAUAUGAUGGGGAGGGGAGAAAUCAACUAUUUAUGUGUCCAAAUAAGCUUUCACAGAGAUUUCUUUACCAGAGAGCGAGAAAAGGAUGCAGGGGUUCUGGGUUUUGGGGGAAGGGGACAAAUUUCUCACUGGAAUGCUCACCUUAGACUUUUCUCUCUGUCUGAUUCAGUGUGCAAUAAGUAGAUGUAUUAUAUAUUUUUGUGUCGAGUCACUUAACUGCAGUCAUACGCCAUGAUGAGGAUGAUGUUGAUAAAGGUGUGUCGUUUACUCCAGAUAUAAGAUGUUUUACACUUGAUUUGGUUCAGUGUGUCCAGACAGAGCGUCACAACUCCGGAGGUCAUGUCGAAGCAAACGAAAUGAUCAAAAUCACAUUUCAAACAGCAUCUAUUUAGUAUUUUUGAUUUUAGAUUUAUAGUGCCUUAUAUUACACGCCUAUUUUGAUAAAGUUACUUUAAAUGAUUUUUUUUUUGUGUGUGUAUAUUUUAUGUACGUAUGCUUGUGCGUAUGUGAUCUGGGUGUUUGUGUUCAUGACUUUUGUUCCGGUAUGUGAAAGUAUUUUGUUUUUGUAUGUUCAGUUUUUCUGGUCGUGAAAAUGUCAAACUGAAGGUUCCAUGUGGGUUGGAUGGUCAUUGCUUCGAACCCAGCAGCUGCUUCAGCAUUGCUCUUUUAUUCAAUGAGUUAUUUUUACGACUCAGUUACAGAAGUUUUAUCUGGAUGAACUGAUCAUUUAGGCAAAAUAAAGUCUAAGUUGUUGCUUGCAAGAGUUUUCUGUACGUCUCUUUGCAAAAGUAUUCCCUCCAUUAAAGUUUUUAAAUUGUCACAUUGUAAUCUGCAAAUCUCAGUGUAUGUUCUUAGGGUUUUAAUGUUUAAGUUGUGCAUAUUUGUGAAGUGGAAAGAAAAUCACACAGUUUACUUUUUUUUUUUUUUUUGCAAAUAAAAAUCUAAAAAGUUUGUAUUGUAUUUGUUUUCAGCUUCUGUAAAUCAACUAUUUCUGUGGUUACGACUUUGAGCUUUUGGUCGCUAGCAGCUUGAUACGUCAAAGGACUAAAGUAUUUUCCCAUUCUUGUUUGCAAAAAUAGCUCGAGCUCUGUGAGACUGAAUGAAGAGGAAUUGUAAACUUCUAUUUCAAGUAUGAUAGAGAUUCUCAUUUAGAUUUAUUCCCUCAGCAUGACCCUACCACCGCCUCGGUUCACAGUUGGGAUAGAGCAUUCAAAACGAUGUACAGUGUUAGCACUACAUGACAGAAUACUUUCAAAAUCUGACAUUAAUCUCAUCUUUUUUUGCAUUUUUACUCAUUUCCAAAGAUGAAACAAGCUUUUUCUCAACUGUACUCCUCUUCUCACCACAUUUCUAUAAAAGUCAGACUUGUGGACAGCUAAUAAUUGUUCCAUCAAGAAAUUCUCCCACCGUGUCUGUUUAGUACUCUCCUUGCUCAGCCUGUCAGUUUGGGAAGACAGCCAUCACUUUAGGUUUCAGUCAUAGAUUGGAGAUGUCCUACGCUUGGGACAUAAUUGUAUAACCUGUCUCUUUUUUUAAACGUCUCCUCAACGUUCUAGCUGACCUGUCUGCUACGUUUCUUGGUCUUCUUGAUGUUUGUUCUCUGAUGUUAUCUGAUGAAUUGUUUGCCUUCACAGAACAGCUGUAGUCAUUCUGAGAUUAAAUUACAUACAUAUGGACUUUAUGUAAUAACUAGGUUACUUUGGAUGGCAGUGAGUAGCAGUAGAUUUAAGUACCAGUGUUAUGGGGGCUGAAUAUGCAUAUGCAUGAACUUUUUAGAUCUCUGUUAAAAAUGAAAGUCAUGUAUCAGUUUUCUUCCACUUCACAAUUAUGUAUUGUUGGUCUACAGCAUAAAAUACAUCAAGGUUUGUGGUGGUACUGCGACAAAAUGUGAGCAUCUGUAAGGAGUAUGAAUACUUCUGCAAGGCAGCGUACACAGCUCUUCACAGGGAGAGUUCAGUUUGCCUGAUGGAACGGUUUGGCCGCACAACGGCUCCGACAAGUCAAAAUUGCUCAGCUAUGCAGUAAUCUACAACAAGAUGAACAACAGAGGAGCUCUCUGUCAGUAAGAACAAAAUCAACACCAUCGUAGCACACCUAUGUAACCCACCUGAAACCAUCCACCUGAAGUCAGUCAGUCUCCUCAUCUGUGUCCCUCAAUCCACACUUCUGUCCCCAUUUCUGUGUUUUUAUCCAAUGAUGACAAAGGCAAAGAGAAGUUCAGGUGCUACCAACAGAUGUAGUCACAUUUUUUUUAUAUCUCCAUCAACGCUUGACCACACAAGAGACGGUCAAAAGUUUUCCACCAUCUAGCAGUGACCCGGUUGUCUUUUUUUGUUUUUUUUUUUAUUUCAUAUGCAUGGUACCAUUUCUGAGAUGCCCCCUAUUGGUCACGCCGCUUAAGGGAAGACUUGCACUUUCUCUCUUUGUACUAUGCACUACUAAGAUCUCUAACGGCCCCUCCCGCUAUCCCGUUGCCCCAAAAGGAGACUUACUUGAACUCUUUGAAGUAGAUUGUGUAAUGCUCACGCGGUUGUGUAUAUGUAAAUAACACAAAACACAGAGAGUAAUUGAGAUGCAUAGCUAAACAGAGAAAUAAAUUAAAGUUAAAGAGAGACAUUUAUGAGAUAUAAAGAGUGAUAUCAAAGUUGCACCUGAAAUCACGGUUUUACGGCACAGCUGUGUUGUGCAAUACGCCACUUUGUGGAUUUGUUAUCCCACAAACAAGAAGUUUCACUAAAAGCUUGUUCUAAAUACCCUUUCCUCCCCCAUUCCUUCAAAUGUGUCAUGUAGAUGGAUAAAACUGAAGUUUAUAAAUUGUAUAAAAUGGACGUACGAUGUGUUGCUUGGGUCAGUUAGCACCAAUUGGUCUGUACAUGUAAGACAUUUUUUUUCAUUUUGUUACGGGCUCUGAGUCAACAAGUGCUUUUUUUAUUUUCCUAUGUUGGUUCUCAGAGCGUGUGAAAAACACAAAAACCCAGUCUGUAUGGAUUUCUGUUCAAUAUUGACACAGGUUUCAUUUGUUACAAAUAAACUCAAGUGAAAUGAU